GUACAUAGGCUCGUCGAACCAGUCUCAUACUCGUUGUGACUUUUGUAAGUUGAGGACCUGUGGAAAACUUUUGAAAUAAAAUGGGUUCUCUCACAAUAGCGUUGUCUGUUGUCGCGGUUCUGUUAGCCAUAGGUUACUCGGAAGCAAGUGGCAGCUGCCCCGUCCCGUCAAAAGUGCACAGCUGCAGCCCUAAGUGCAAGGAGAACUACGAGUGCAGCAACGGCAAGCUGUGCUGCAGGAACGGAUGCAACGAGAAGUCCUGCGCCGAGCCUGUUGGCGGCUCGCAGGGGGCUGGCGGGAACAAGUAUGGAGGUAUGUGUAACUACGAGUGCUGCAACGGCAAGCUGUGCUGCAGGAACGGAUGCAACGAGAAGUCCUGCGCCGAGCCUGUUGGCGGCUCGCAGGGGGCUGGCGGGAACAAGUAUGGAGCCGUGGGCGAAGUCGCAUCUACGAUGCCCUUUUCGUUCACUGUGCCCGAAAGGGCCUCGAGCAAGGCCCCCUUGGGGCGUGAGGCCGUGGGCGACGGCCCACUUCGCCCACGCCUAGCUACGCUACUGGCUGGCGGGAACAAGUAUGGAGCGGGCACGAACAGCGGCAUAUACUGCAACAACCAGAAGUGCAGUCCUCAGGAGGUCUGCAAGAUGGACCCCAACACUAAACGCAUGAGAUGCGUACGCUCUUAAAUAUACGACAAUGUUAAACUCUAGCCGCCCAGAGACCUAUAACGAGGUCUCCCGUUCCAUUCUAAUUUGAAUCUUUGUUUUGACAAAUCAAAAUUGCAUUUUUCUUGGCAAGUUUUGACGUCUGGGUGGCUAGAGGGUAAAGAUGCAAUAGGCUAGUUUACUAUGGACAGAAUAAAUAAUAGUACUAGGUACGGAAGGUUCACUCUUUAACAAAACGCGUAUAUUACUAUGACAGCAAGGUGGCGCGAGCGCGAGCAGGCGUCCGUAGCGGUGCGCGGCAACCACUACUGUUAGACACCAAAAUUGGUGUGGGACGCAUGUACUUGUACCGACGCGUCGAAAUUGCAGAGUGAGCCACGGCUGAUAUGAUCAAAUUAAAUUGUUUUACGGCAGUCGCGCAAUUAGGUUUACGAAAAUACACGGUAAAUACAUGGUCAAUAAUUAAUUACAUAAUUCGUAUGUUUUCAACGAUUUUUAUCAUCAAAAAUGAUGUAAAACAGGUCCAUUCUGUGACGUCACACGAUAAGUCUCUCUAUAACUCCAUAAUUAAAAUCGUUUUGAUAUUUAGUAAAGAGAAACUGAUUUGUUUUCUUAGUAAAAUAGCCUAUUGUCAAUUGGUACACCUACGACACCUACUCAUUUUAUAAUUUUAUUGUAAGUCCAAGUAAAUGAUUUAAAAACUUUGAUUUUUGUAACUAUAAUAAGUAAUAAACUUGUUUUUAAUA